GUGUUAGUUGAUGAAUCAGCUCAUAAGCCAGUGUAUGCUGAUCUGGCUAUUGCUGCUAAAGGGAAGAGACCACAGGCAGCACCAACACAAGAACAACCAGUGUCUGUUCCUCCUCCCAUUCCUCCUCCAGCUGCUCCUCAUAAAGUAUUGUAUGCUGAUCUAUCAAUAGCAGCUGGUAAGAGACCACCAAAGAAUAAACCGCUCACUGAGGAAAGAGUAGUCCAUGCAGCAGUCAAUGGAAAUAGGAAGUUCAGUACUCAAGAGCUGAUCAUGGAUAGGUUAGGUGGUCUGGAUAUUCCUCCUCCAAUACCACCAAAACCAAAACCUUGAAACCAACUUAAAGACAUCAAUCCUCCCUGUCUCCAGUAGUAUAGAAUGGACAUACUUUAGUAUAAUGUAUUGUGAAACAAGUAACUCUAUCUUGUAUUCUCUCUCUCUGUCUUUCAUUAUAAUGUCAUGGGUAUAUAGUGUAUAUUCUUUUGUAGUUUUUAGUUCAUUCUAAUCAACAGAACCA